CCCCCCCCCCCGCAUGGGAAACCAAACGCUUUGUAUUGUAAGCCCCGCCUCUUUGAAACUGACCGACCAAUAAGGAUAGGAACGUCCGCAGUGGAUCUGAAUAUUCAUCACUUUUCGCGGGCUUUGAGUGUCACGUGGGCUUUUCGCGCGAAAAGCGACUCCCGGCAGGAAGAAGAAGUUUCCUUACAAGAGGCAGACAGACAGACGCGAAACAAUGGCGGAUUCCUCCGAGUCGUACCACAUGGCCACCAGCCCCAGCCGAGCCUCCAGGAGAGGAGACAUGACCUCCAGCCCCGGGCGAGACCUGCCCCCCUUCGAGGACGAGUCUGAGGGGUUGCUGGGGGACGGACCCCUGCCCGGAGAGGAGGAGGAAGACGGGGACGGAGAGGAGCUGAUUGGGGACGGGAUGGAGAGGGAUUACCGAGCCAUCCCGGCUCUGGACCAGUACGAGGCGGAGGGUUUGGACCUGGACGACGAGGAUCUGUCAGAGCUGUCGCCUGGAGCCCGAGCCGCCGCUGAGGAGGCCAUGAGGAGGCGGGACCGGGAGCAGGGCGUCAGCGGGCGGCUGAGGAGAGGACUGCUCUACGAUAGCGAAGACGAGGAUGACGAGCGCCCGGCGGCUCGAAGAAGGCGAUUGGCUGAGCGGGCAGCAGAGGGCGUUGCAGACGGAGAGGAAGAGGAAAUGAUCGAGAGCAUCGAGAACCUGGAGGACAUGAAGGGCCACACUGUGAGGGAGUGGGUGUCCAUGGCGGCUCCCAGGCUGGAGAUCUACAACCGUUUCAAGAACUUCCUGCGGACCCACGUGGACGAGAAUGGCCACAACGUCUUCAAGGAGAAGAUCAGCGACAUGUGCAAAGAGAACAAGGAGAGUCUGGUUGUGAACUAUGAAGACCUCGCAGCCAGAGAGCAUGUUUUGGCCUACUUCCUACCAGAGGCUCCAACUGAGAUGCUGAAAGUAAGUUUUGAUGAAGCAGCUAAAGGUGUGCUGGCCAUGUACCCCAAAUACCAGCAUUGCCAUGAGAUCCACGGCCGCAUCUGCAACUGCCCUAAAAAUAAAAUCGGGCAACAAAUCGUCUCUUGUUCUUCUGUCCCCUUCAGGCAGCUCCACCUGAACCAGCUGAUCCGGACCAGCGGCGUGGUGAGCAGCUGCACUGGCGUCCUGCCUCAGCUCGGCAUGGUCAAGUACAACUGUAACAAGUGCAACUUUGUGCUGGGACCCUUCUUCCAGUCCCAGAACCAGGAGGUGAAGCCGGGCUCCUGUCCCGAGUGUCAGUCCCUGGGCCCCUUUGAGAUCAACAUGGAGUUGACCGUGUACCAGAACUACCAGAGAAUCACCAUCCAGGAAAGCCCCGGUAAAGUAGCCGCCGGCCGCCUCCCGCGCUCCAAAGACGCCAUCCUGCUGGCCGACCUGGUGGACAACUGCAAGCCUGGAGACGAGAUCGAGCUGACGGGCAUCUACCACAACAACUACGACGGCUCUCUGAACAUGGCCAACGGCUUCCCCGUGUUUGCCACGGUCAUCCUAGCCAACCACAUCACUCGCAGAGACGAGGGCGUCGCCGUGGCCGAGCUGACCGACGAAGACGUCAAGGCCAUCGUCGCCCUGUCCAAGGACGAACGCAUCGGGGAGAGGAUCUUUGCCAGCAUGGCGCCGUCCAUCUACGGCCACGAGGACAUCAAGCGAGCCCUGGCCCUGGCCCUGUUUGGAGGAGAGCCUAAGAAUCCAGGUGGUAAACACAAAGUGCGUGGAGACAUCAACGUGCUGCUGUGUGGAGACCCGGGAACCGCCAAGUCUCAGUUCCUCAAGUACGUGGAGAAGGUGUCGAGCCGUGCGGUGUUCACCACGGGUCAGGGGGCCUCUGCCGUCGGUCUGACCGCGUACGUCCAGAGACACCCGGUCAGCCGCGAGUGGACGCUGGAGGCCGGAGCGCUGGUGCUGGCCGACCGCGGAGUCUGUCUCAUCGAUGAGUUUGAUAAGAUGAACGAUGCAGACAGGACCAGUAUCCACGAGGCCAUGGAGCAGCAGAGCAUCUCCAUCUCCAAGGCCGGCAUCGUCACCUCGCUGCAGGCCAGAUGCACCGUCAUCGCUGCCUCUAACCCCAUCGGCGGCAGGUACGACCCCUCCCUGACCUUUUCCGAGAACGUGGACCUGACGGAGCCCAUCGUGUCUCGAUUUGAUGUGCUGUGUGUCGUCCGAGACACCAUCGACCCUGUGCAGGAUGAGAUGUUGGCGCGCUUUGUGGUUGGUUCCCACAUCAAGCAUCACCCUAGCAACAAGGAAGGGGGCGUGGCCUUAGAAGAAGUUAUUCUGCCCAACACGACAGAUGUGCCGUCGAUCCCCCAGGACCUCCUAAGGAAGUACAUCAUCUACUCCAAGGAGCGGGUUCAUCCCAAACUGAACCAGAUGGACCAGGACAAAGUGGCUCAGAUCUACAGCGACCUCCGCAAAGAGUCCAUGGCGACCGGCAGCAUCCCCAUCACAGUGCGCCACAUCGAGUCCAUGAUCCGCAUGGCCGAGGCCCACGCCAAGAUGCACCUGAGGGACUACGUGCUGGAGGACGACGUCAACAUGGCCAUCAGGGUGAUGCUGGAGAGCUUCAUCGACACGCAGAAGUUCAGCGUCAUGAGGAGCAUGAGGAAGACGUUCUCCCGUUACCUGGCCUUCCGCAGGGACAACAACGAGCUGCUGCUCUUCAUCCUCAAACAGCUGGUGGCCGAGCAGGUCUCCUACCAGCGGAACAGAUACGGAGUCCAGAACGACUCCAUCGAGGUGGCGGAGAAAGACCUGCAGGAUAAGGCGAGACAGAUCAACAUCCACAACCUGACGUCCUUCUACGACAGCGACAUCUUCCGCUCCAACAAGUUCAGCCACGACGGGAAGAAGAAACUGAUCGUGCAGCAGUUCUAGAAGCCCUCCCCACCCACUCCUCUUCCUCCUCCUCCUCCUCUCCCUAUUAGAGUGCUUCAGGAACUCCAUUUCUUAGCCCAAAAUGGGUCAUCGAAAAAAA